GUAAGGCUGUAACGUGUCUAACGUUCGAUGGAAAUGAAGUCGCAAACUGGCGCUGGUGAAUCAUCGCCAGCGGGCGAUGCGGCCGAAACAGCUGCCGCUUAUAUGCGGCAAUUUCGGAAUAUAAUUGCGGACGGUAAUGUGGCCUCGAUGACCCGAGAGUUCAAGCCACAGGUUGCCUAUGAGUUUGAGCGCUACUUAAAUCCCCAGAAGCUGAAACAGUAUGUGUUACGCAGCGAUAAAUUACGCUCCCUGGUUGAGCAUUAUGCCAAGGUCAACCAAAAGCCGGUACGCGAACUGGAGAAGCAGGCACGCGCCAUUAUCGAUGAGAUUGGCCUGGAUAGGAAUAUGGCGAUAAUACGCUGGUGCGGCAUUGCAAUCACAUCGAUUGGGAAACGCAUAUGUGAUGGCUUCUUUGUGAACUCGGCCAGCAUGGAGAAGGUGCGCAACAAGAUGGGCAAUUGUCCUGUCCUCUAUUUGCCCAGUCAUCGCAGCUACAUGGACUUCAUACUGAUGAGCUAUAUCUGCUACUAUUAUGAUAUUGAGAUACCAGGCAUUGCAGCCGGCAUGGACUUUCACUCGAUGUUUGGCAUGGGCACCAUGCUACGCAAAACGGGGGCCUUCUUCAUGCGUCGCACCUUCUCCAACGACGAGCUCUACUGGGACAUCUUUCGAGAGUAUAUGUACGCACUGGUUGCCCAUUAUCAUAUUGGUGUGGAGUUCUUCAUAGAGGGGACACGUUCACGUAAUUUUAAGGCACUGGUACCCAAGGUGGGUCUGUUGUCCAUGGCACUGUUGCCCUAUUUUACCGGCGAUGUGCCGGAUGUGAUGAUUGUUCCGGUUAGCGUUGCCUACGAGCGUGUGCUGGAGGAGCAACUGUUUGUCUACGAAUUGCUGGGCGUGCCCAAGCCCAAAGAAUCCACCAAAGGAUUCUUCAAGGCAUUGAAAAUCAUCGAUGAACGUUUUGGCAAAAUGUUUCUCGACUUUGGUGAGCCGAUUUCGGUCCGGGAAUUCUUUGGCCACAACAACGGACAACGCAUACAACGCGCCGGAGUGGCUGGCUCGGUGCAGAAGCUCAAUCGGCAGGAGAUUGAGCUGGUCAAGCAGUUGGCCAAUGAGAUUAUCUAUCAGCAGCAGCGACGCAUCGUCAUCAGCACAUUUAAUCUGCUCAGCUUGUAUUACGCGAGUCGCUUGUAUGGCCAGCGCAGCGUUAAUCUCGACGAGCUGUCGCGCGGCAUACUCCAUCUGCAGCGGAUCUUUGAGCAGCUGGGCGCCCAUGUGAGCACCACGGCCAACAGCAUCAAGCGCGACAUUAUCGAUGCCGUCGAAAUACAUGGCAACAUUUUACAGUUUCGUGUCGGUGUCCUGCAAUUUACACCGCUCGCCGUCGAGCAACUGGCGGCCACAAUCGAUAUGAAGCGCCUCAAAGCCCAUGCUCUGCUCUCCAGCACAAUGGCGGUUGCGGUGCCCAUGUUGGCCCUACAACUCUACAUAAAUCCCUGCAUGUUUUGGCUGGCGAGACCCGCUUAUCUGCUGCUCGCUGCGCUCAAGUUGCAGCGGCGUCAGCAGAACCUGGACAGCAUGAGAUCAUAUGCGGAAACGCUGACCGCACUGCACCAUCAUGUGAACAGCAUGGAUGCACUGUUCCAGCAUGAGUUCAUCAUCGAAUCCAAUCGCGAGGCAGUCGAAUUUGAGGCACACCUGCAGCUGCUGCUCGACGAGCGUGUGCUGGAUCUGCACGAGCAAACGGGCCGCAUCAGCGUCCACGAUAAUGAGUGUUCGCGUGUCAUACUCGCUGCACUGGCGCCCUUCCUCUGCCUCUACUAUCAGCUGUCGGUUACGUUGCGGCAGCGGUUUUCGGUUGGCGAGUUCAGUGCCAAGGAUCUGCUUGUUGGCGUGCAGCAGCAUGUGGAGCAGCUGCUCCAACAACCAGGCAUUGCAGCGUCACACGUGCAUCCAUAUUGCCUGGCGCUGGACAAUCUCAAUAUUGCCAUCCAUGCGCUGAUCCAGUCCGGAUAUGUGCAGAAGUCACGCGACACGGGAAUGAUGCACAUUGCGACAAAGUCGCCGGCGAAGGAUCUGAGGCAGCUGGAACUGCAGCUGCUGGAGUAUUGCCAGCUAAUGCCAUUUACCCAAUACUCAACGGCGGCCAACGAGCAGGCCCAAACGCAUUUGGCCAAGUUAUAACUGACAAAUGGCAGGCGGUUGGCCAACGUAUCGCUGCCCAGCGCCUCGACAACGUUCUCAACGUUCUCAGCACAUCUAAAUAGUACAAUAUCACAAAUCAUUCAAUUCAUUGUUCGCCUGCUCAGAAACUGUCGCAUCAUUUGCAUUCUGUUCGCUUUCGUAGUUGUUGCCCCUGUUUGGCAAUUGCUACUCUGGCUAAUUGCAGCAGCGUAGUGUGCGUGUGUGUGUGAGAGUGUGUGUGCGAGUGUGAGUGUGUUUUCGGUUUAGGGUUUUAGUUUAUUAUGACGGGGGUGUGUUCAAACGAGGCCUGUGUAAACGAGGCGUUUUUCCGAGUCAUUUAUCAUUAAACAAUAGUUGUAAUUGAUAUUCGAUUUGUUGCCAUACACAUAAAAAAUGCAUAAGCCAAAUAA